GAUGUAUGGUACAUGUUUUAAAUAUCGUUUAUUUAUAUACAGUCUGUGACCGGUAUAAGAUAUCAAUAUCCAAGCCUUUGUGAUUUAAUUUUGUACUCUAUUUAGUUUUAAGUGAAUAUCUACAUAUAUGACCUACGUAAUUUAAACAACUAUCGUUAAUUGCAUUCAUUUUUAUGAUAAAAUAUCAUCUCAAUAAGUUUAAAAAAAAAAACAGAAUAUGACUGACAACGACAUAGUAUACGGUGUAAAAGUUGUAAAUGCAUUCAAGAGUUAUAGAAGAAAUAAGGUAUUUAAUGGUUUGAACAUGAAUGUGAAGUCAGGUUCCAUAUAUGGCCUUUUGGGGCCUAGUGGAUGUGGUAAAUCGACGCUUCUUCAAUGUAUAAUGGGAUCAAUGGAAUUGGAUUCAGGAUGUAUUGAAUUGAAAGCAAUACAUUUAAAAGACGUGGGCUAUAUGCCUCAAAGUAUAUGUUUGGAAACCACRCUUACUAUAAAAGAAACCUUUGAAUACUAUGGAACACUCUAUAAUAUGAGCAAAAAAGACAUUGAGAUCAAAAAAGAUGAGCUUGUUGCAUUCUUACAGUUACCAAAUUUGAAUAGUAUGAUUAAAGAUAUAAGUGGUGGCCAAAGUAGAAGAGUAUCUCUUGGUGUUUGCUUAUUGCAUAAUCCUAAGCUUAUUAUACUGGAUGAACCUACAGUUGGAAUUGAUCCUUUACUAAGACAAGAAAUUUGGGAUGGGCUUCUAAAGAUGGUYGUUGAACAACAGAAAACAAUCAUAAUAACUACUCAUUAUAUCGAAGAAGCAAAUUUAGCUAAUUGUAUUGGUUUAAUGAGAAAUGGAGUACUAGUAGAAGAAGGAGCACCUCAGGACAUUAUUUCCAAAUAUGAAGCAGAUUCAUUGGAAUCAGCUUUUUUAACCCUAUGUUCUUAUCAAGAUACGAAUGAAGUACCAACAGUACGUUUAUAUUGUUAUAAGGGAGCGUUUUAUUUUAGUAGUAUUUAUUCAGUAAGCAUUAUGCUAUCAGAAAGAAUGGAUGGAAUCCUAGGUCGAUCUAUGUUUGCAGGUGUUACAAUAUUGGAAUUGCUUAUUUCAAUGUUUUGUAUUUCGAAUGCUUUAAUUGUGUGUCAUUCAUUUAUUUCUAUUAUUAUUACAUACAUGUUAUUUUCAAACCCCAUUAUCAUAUCCAGUGGUCUAUUUGUGUAUGUCAUAUUGAUAAUAAUUAUUUCAUGGAUAGGAUUUCUCUUCGGUUUACUUGCUGCUGGAAUAACACCAACUAAAUCUGGUGGGGUUCAUAUUAUGAAUGGUUGGGCCCUAUCUCAGAUGUUAUUAUCAGGUGGGGUAUGGCCAAUUGAUGGACAAGCAAAGUUAUUAAGAUCAGUAUCUGAGUUACUUCCUAUGAGGUUAGCCGGGAAGACGAUGAACGACAUAACAUUAAAAGGUUGGACAAUGGAUCAUCCAUCUGUCAUAAUGGGUACUACAGCGACGUUUGCUCAUGCCGUUUUACUAUUAUUAAUUUUAAUUGUUCUAAGUAAAGUAAAAAAAGACAUGUGGGUUAUACAUAAAUAAUAUCUUAAUUAAACAAAUAUUUAUUGUAUUUGUUAUUAAGAUCCUCGUAGCCCUUGCUUAUCGUAUGACAAAAAUUGUUAAUAUUGUAUGAUAUUUAUAUUAUUUAAGAAAUA